ACAAUUCCCGAGGAACAGGAACUCCAGUACCAUCCUGAACUGGCAGAGGAGCCACAAUACCACCCGCCAAUAACAUCAUGGGCGUGGGAUGCAGACCAUGAUACAACCAUUCUUGAUCUCCAACAAUCGAACUUACCCUUGACAGAAGUGUUGUCAUUUGUAGCUCGAUCCUGUCCAAAAUUACGUAUUCUAAGACUACAUGCAAACGUUCCAGUGUCCAUUUCCGAGGAAUCAGUCCUUGAGAGCGACUCCACAACGUCCGUCGAUGAGAGGGAUAAGAAGUAUUCGCCUGAAAUUGAAAUAUACAUUCGAUGUCGUCAGACGACUGACCUCCCAUUUAGAGCUCUGCUGGCGAUGGUUUCCUCCAUCUUUCCCAAAAUAUCUGAUCUGACUUUGGAUGGAGAUGACCAAACCAAGCUUGAUAUCUUGGGGUACAUGCAACCGCUUCCCAGUAGCUUCCUCCCAAAACUUCGUAAGUUUUGUUUAAAACAAUUUAUGGGAUCUCUUUGCCUGCUAACCUUUUCGAAAUUUAUCGUAGAACAACUUUCACAUCUCCCGUUUCUUCGAAUAUCGCAGUGCAAGGUAGAUGUUCAAAUGGAAAGUAAGAUGGAAUUCUCUGACUCCGCUCUGUCUCACCUGGAAAUCAUUCCAGUCAAUGUAAUACCUUUUGCAUGUCUAAACGAACUGGUAUUCAAGGCUUUUAAAAGCAUAACAAAUUUCAUCUUCCAGCAUAAUAUAACAGCUGAACACCAAAUCUACCUAGACUGGACCAAGACAGGGCAAAUGCCCACUGAAAAGCUUUAUUUGAAGCAGUCAACAUCCUUGAUAGCUUUCGAAGACCUCCUGGGCAUCGUGAAGAAGUUUCCUAGGAUAAGUAAACUCGAGACAGAUGAGUGUGGUUCUUUAGAAAGAACAGAAAUACUCGAAAUAGUGAGAUCAUGUACACAACUACAAUACUUCUCUUCUGUUGCAAGAGGUGUAAGCCGUAUUCUCGCCAUUUCUGAUCAGUUCAUGCGGAAACCUACCUCUAAACCUAUCAGCAAAUCAUUUGGCAAGCUAGGAGGGGAGCUAAGACUUGAGACACACGACAUUACGCUUUGUGUGCCAGAAGGGGCCAUACAGGAAGAGGGGAAAAUUGAAAUUGGUCUCCAGGCGUUAACCAAUCCUCCAUCCACACACUUCCAAGAGGACGAGAUGGUCUGCAGCUUCGGAUUCCAGUGCACUAUUCUGAAUUCACCAGGUUUCAGAUUCGCAGUACCCGUCAGAGUGACCCUUCCGCAUUCUGCCAUCCUUGGUGAUCCUUCUGAAGUCGGGACGGGGAUCUACAAUGGUGAGCUGUGGCAUGAUACAGGAGAUGUGCAGAUCAGUACCAUCACUUACGUCCCGCCGUCAGAAAAUAGACUUCCAAGUUGUAAGGUAGAUGACAAGGAGAUAACCGUCUUCAUUGACCACUUUUCAUUUGGAUGGCCAGUCCUGAAGAUUCGCAAUCCAUUUGUGAGAGGCAAGCGGUUGGGAUGCUUGUCCUUCGUGCCAAAAGGGAUGCCCCCAACGAAGAAACCGAUCCUUAGAGUGCAUCUCUUUGACAACGUUAAAGGCAAUCCCAAGGAGAUUACUGAGGAUGAAUCCGAGUGUGAUUUCCGCAAGGCUCAUCCUAAGAAAGAACUCCAGGCGAGAGCCAACCUAGAUGUCACUUACGGUAUGGAUGGAAGCAACGACCAUGGCAACGAGCCCGAGCAGACUCCGGUAUGGGCUAACUUAUAUCUCUUUAUUCAAACCAUAGCAGUUAGGAGUUUUCUAAAUAAAGAAAUAAAUUAG